AUGGUUUAUGUUCAUUUCUCUCGACCAUCCAACAAUGCUAAACUCAUUGAAGUUCAAUCUAAACUAGGUUUAAAAAAAGGAAAUGUUCUCAGGAUAUGCGAUACAAGAUGGGUAUGUUGCUAUAAAAAUUGCGAGUCGAUGAUAAAAAAUUACUCAUCAAUAUUAGAAUUUUUAAAGAAUGAAGUUGAAGCACAAGUGGACAAAGAUGCUAUUGAAGCUAUCGGUAUUCUCGGAAAAGCAAAAAGCAUUAUCAAUGGAAGUAUACAAAGUAUUGAAAAAUUACGUUCUGACAUUGAAUUUUCUACAUUUUGGCAAAAAAUUACAUCUUUAGCUGAAGAGAAUGAUAUAACCCUUGAAGUACCACACAAAGGUUCUCUGAAGAAAGUUUAUCUAUGGCUUGCUCCGUUGAUAAUUUUAUGA